AUGGCAAAGUUAAUAGUACAUAUUGCUUUUUUCAUCUAUUGCCAGGCUGCCGCCCCAGCCGCACGUAGAGGAGCAGGACCAGCACCGAAUGAAGCAUUAGCUGCAGAAAUUACGGCAGAUUAUAAAGCUGGUAAGUUAUGGAAUGAUGGUCGAUUAAUAACGACGACAAAAGUAGAAGAAUCAAUGCUGAUGAAUUGUGGCGCAGCGGAAUAUGGAAGAUCGUUUAUUUUUGAGGAGAAGCCGUUUCUGUUUAUGGAAAACUCUCUUAAUUUGAUAAAGUGA